AAUCUGAUUUCACUAAUGAAAAGUAACAUUAAACGCUGUCCAAAACCAGAUCUGUAGCUCCAAUGGCCUCCCACAUUCUCUCUCUUACCAUAUUCUUCAUUCUAUUCUUGAUUUCUGCUAACGGUAGGUUGUUGCAGAAGGGUGAAAGCGUCAAUCCCGGCUCGCAUUUUCUCUCAACUGCCAAUGCCAAAAUCAAAGCAGUUUCUCGCGCCACUGCUGAUUCUUACACCACUAAUUACAACGAUGUAUUGGGGUUGGGUGUAUUAGUCACACAAUUUCCAUCACUGCUACAAGCCAAUCAAGAUCCCUGCGUCGUUCCCAUUUGGGAUUGGAUCGAAUGCAAUUCUGACCCUACACCACGUGUUAUUGCUCUGGAUCUCAACAAUAGACUUUUGUAUGGCCAACUUAUUUAUGACUUCAGUUCUAUGGAUGCUCUUCAGAGAAUUGACUUUUCCCAAAACUUUAUUUUUGGAGACAUCCCCUCAUUCUUUGGCACACUUCUAGAUCUGCAAGAACUGAACUUGGCAAGUAAUUAUUUCUCUGGAGUAGUACCAGACUCAAUAGCAUGCAACAAGAACUUGAACUUAACCCUAAGUGGUAAUUCCUACUUGACAUCCGUCACGUGUUCCAAGUCCAACAAAUCUCCAUCUUCAGCGGCAAACGGAAACUCCGGCAGCAGCAACGGCCUCGGCUUCCAAGUUCCGGCGAGUUCAAGAAGAUCGAAAAAGAAGAGUAAUCUGCCUGCAAUACUGGGCGGCACGAUUUCAGCAUUUGUAGUUUUCUGGGCUGCUAUUGGAGGUUAUGCUAUGCGUCGUCACAGAGCUAAAACAGCAGCUGCUGUUGCCCAAGAAUCCACCCCCAAACAAGGGCCUACGGAGGAGUUGCCCAUGAAUGCUCGUCCUACUGAAAUGAGCCCAUCAUCUUGAGAAAUUGCUACACACAUGUGUUCCUCUUUUUAAUUUUUGUGCAAACUUUUAGUUUCAUCAGUUUUUUCUCUUUUGUUUAAUUGGUGAUUUACUAUUAUUUGGUCCAAAUGAGAAAUUAUUUGUUUUAC